AUGCUCACCUUCUGCACGAUAUGUGGCGUCUACAUUCCGGGACGUGGCCCACCGACUAAGGAUUUGAAAUGGCAAUGGCAUCGAGAGAUCAGAGCUGUACGGCGUAUGGAGUCAAACCAUACUGUCUAUCUCACUGGUGUCGGAUAUCUUGACGCAUCGCAGUUUAUUGUCGCACCGCAGGAUCCGGAUCAUUCCUACCGAACUCCAGGGGUAUUGUUGGAAUCAUACGGAUAUUUCUACGACCCUGAUCAUUUCGUCUGGUCCUUUACAUUCCACGCAGCAUGUUGGGAGAUCUUGCGCGAAAGAACAUCUUGUUCCCUUGCCGAUACGGGUCAACUCGCCACUUUAUUAUUCUACAUCUUGUAUUGCACAACUUGGAAUGAAACGAACUUUAUUCGAUCUGGGCAUGACUUCGGAGGCGCAACGAACUUUCAGGAUUGUGAUAGGCGUGAUGAUCCUUUGCGAGAGAUGGUUAGCAGAGGAUAUAUCUAUUAUGCACUUGAUCCUUCCAGAUUUGCCGGUAUAGAUGAUAUCAUCCAUUAUUUAGGUCCUGUCCAUGUGCCACCGAAACAUCAUAACAAGGCUAUUGCUUCUGAAGAGGUCUCCUCUCUUGAUGUUUUCGCAAAACUUCCUAUGGAGAUCAUCCAUCUUAUACUGACAUGGAUGCCACCUAACGACAUUCAGAAUCUGCGAUUAGCGUCUAGAUCGGUUUCCAUGAGAUCUAGUGUCGAUGCUCUAUCGCAGUUCUUCUGGAGAAGUCGAUUUUCACCUGACUUUGAGAUGGGCUUUGCCCUGCCUACUCACUUAGGUAAUCAUUACGAUUGGCGCAGUCUUUACUUCGGAAUCAAGCAUGCAUUACGAACUCCACAGUUUUUUCCACGCUUGGAGAAUCGGAAAAGGAUAUGGCAAAUAAUCAGCAGGAACGCCUCUUUUCUAAGUUUGCACUUACAGGGCAUCCGUUUACAUGGUAUUGCAACAUCUUGGUCUGAUUUCUCUCUCGGCGGGCUACAAAACGGGUCUCUUGAGAAACUAUCACCGCCUAAAAUCAUCGUUACUGAAUUACUGGCCGGAGACAGCGAAUUAUUACGUGUCGGAUCUCGAGAGAUCUUCAUCAGGAGCCUUCAUACUUCGAUAAAAGCACAGUCUAUAUCUGCAGUUGGUAUUUCUACGGUCGAAUUCAAUGCGCGGAUAUUUGUUUCAGGCAUCCGGCUGUUCACUAAGCCAGAUGUCGCAUCCGAAUGUUCCCUUGGCUAUAUUACGUCAAGUUCAGAGGGUCUCUUGCUGAUCUCACCAGAGGAAAGGUUUGCCGGCUUUGAACUGGCGACAUGUGACGACGGUAUUGUUGGUGUUAGAAUUAUUUUGGAUGCACGCUCCCACAGACACAUGUCAACGUGGGUAGGAAAUAUCGGGAAAGGCGAACCUGAUAUUGCAUUUGGAACGUUAUGCCUCCGAUGCGAGACCAGCUCUUUUAAGCUCGCUGGCAGCUUCGAUGCCUUCAAGCUGAUUAGCCUCGCGCUGGUGGAUGCUGAACAAAGUAAUAAUAUUGACCACGCCUGUAAAGUCUCAGAGAGACCCAGCUUUGAAGAAUUCGAAGUGCAGCCUAUCUGGACACCAGAUUAUCCACGCGCAACAUCUCUUAUCCCAAAGCCCAGCAAUCUCCCUUAUCAAUCCUACAACCCCAAUUUAAAUAUCGACUUUGGGGGUCCCGCGGGAGAAAGUCUGGGGAAGAUAACCCGGAUGGCUGCACAUAUGAAAGAUGAAACGGCUGCUUUUGUCGGUUUCACAUUUGAUUAUGAUGGGAAUUCCUCCAUUCUGUACGGGAGACAAGGCCGAAUUGAGGUCUCAUUCGUCAUUAAUGCAGCUGAAGGCGAAAGAAUAUCGGAAAUAACCUAUGAACAAGCCUCAAGUUCUAUAGGCCUCUGGUCUCUCCAGGUCAAGACAAAUUUUGGAAGGAAUACUACCUUCAUGCCAGAUGCUCUCCAUUUAGAACGUCCUGGGGAGUCAAUUCCGGAGCAAUUUCUUGCGCCCUUCGAAGAAAGCUCGUAUAACGACGUUACAUACAGAAAGGAGACUCUAAAGGCCCCUCAUGGCCAAAUAAUCACUGGGUUUACAUCGAUACUCGGGGUUGGCAAUCAAGUUUUUCAAACCUUGGGCUUACAGUGUGACAUUAUGUCAAGCUAUAUUGGAUCGAUAUACCCUAAUCACCAUAUCAAAGGUGAUCAUGCUUUAUCUGCUCCCGACUUGUGCUCCUCAGUGGGUUCAUCCCUAAUCGGGGGAAUAGCUUCGGGAUGUAAGGCUUAUACCUAUGCGCCACUCGAUGCUGUUAGGCGCAUACGCUUUUCUUGUGGAUCUGUAUCUCGCCCCCGAAAACCGAGGGAGAUAUCCGGGUUAUGGUUAGAUUACUUCGACCAACAACCUUCGCAGAUUAUUGGGCAGUGGAUUUCAGAGGUAGAUGCCGUUGACCUCGACCCAGAUGAAAGGAUUGUCGAGGUAUCUAUAUGCAUGUCUAAACUCGAUGUUUCUUUCGACGAGAACUUUCCCCGCGGCCGGAUAGACCGACUGUCUAUUUUAACCUCACAGAAAAGGCUCAAGAUCGUCCAGAGUGCAGAAUUACUUCCAGUCGGGGAGUAUAUUGAGUUACGAUUCAGAGAAAAUAGGCUGGAACGACUCGCCUUUUUUGCCUGGGCAUUCAAUGCCAAAUGGGACCAUCCUCGAGUCCUCUUAUUACCAGUCACAGGUUCGGAGCGCAUCGUCCUUUGGCACCCGUCCAGUUAUUCUUCCAGGUUUCCAUGGAUGGCUGCAGAGAGGGCUCUUUGGGAAGACAUGAGCCUUGAGGGCAAGCCCGAUCGAGUUGUCUCCAUUACAGCAUAUCGAAACUCCAAUUGUGGGGUUAAAUACAUCACAGGCUUGGAAUUCAUCUACAAUUCAGGAAUCAAGCGUUCCGUCGGUUAUGUAUUUGGGGAACGCAGUGGUGAAGUACAACUUUGGGAGAACGAGAUAAUAUCCCGUUUGGUGAUAAAAUCGGGACUAUACGGAAUUCUUGAGAUUACUUUUCACGGCAAAGAUCCACGCGAUCGACGCGAUACAGACCUCCAUACAUUGGCUGGCGGACCUACGGAAAUGUCAGACCCAACAGGCACUGUACACCAGGAAUUCGAUUUAUCAAUGCGCAAAUAUACAGACUAUACUAUCUACAGUGAUGGCCGUCGCAAACCGGGGACGCCACAGGAUCUACCGAAUAAGGCGGCACAAGGUCUCUGGGGGUUCAACAUGGGCAAUGGAAGAUUAAUCCUGGGCAUUGUAUAUUCGGAUUCUGAAUAG